AUGGAGAAGAAGAAUCUGAACAUGAAAAUGAGACGCCAAUGUUCUGAACGGCGGAAGGCCAAAGAGCCAAUGCAAGACAACAGAGACGGAUGCAGUUGCGGCUACUCGAACGAGAACAACUCGAAUGUUUGCAUGGCGCAUGUGUUCGAUAACAAUUGCUACUUCACGCAGAGGCCCGAUUGUACGAACCGCCUGGGACAUUCCCCGCUCCAAAAAAUGAUGGCCGCUAUACGGGUGUUCGGGUAUGGGUGUUGUUUUGAUAGUGUAGACGAAGUCAUAAAGAUUGGAGGUAGCUCAGUUCGAGGAGCAACAAUGGAGUUUUGUGAAACAAUCAUUCGAGUUUACAAAAAACAAUAUUUACGUGAUCCCACGCCUGAUGAUAUAUCCCGCAUUCUGAUUGAAAAUAAAGCGCAUGUGUUUUCCGAGAUGAUAGGCUCAUUUGAUUGUAUGCAUUGGCGGUGGGAUGCAUACCCGAUUGCCUGGCAAGGUCAAUAUAAUGGACGUUACAACUACCUUACGUUAAUUUUGGAGGCUGCUGCAUCGCAGGAUCUUUGGAUAAGGCAUGCGUUCUUCGGGAUGCCCGGAACCAACAGCGACGUCACUAUUUUGGACCACUUGCCAUUGUUCGACAAGUACAUGAAUGGGACAACACCACCAGUAGAGUAUGAGGUUAAUGGUUCAGUGUACAACCUUCCCUACUACUUGAUAGACAAGAUUUAUCCCAAACAUGCUAUCUUAAUGCAAGCCAUUAGGAAUCCUGUUACAGCGAAAGAGCAGACAUUUACAACACUACAAGAGGCCUGUCGGAAGAACAUUGAGAGGGCAUUCGGCGUACUCCAGCAAAAGUGGAGAGUACUGUGCGUGCCGGUGAGACUAGAAUAA